AUGUUUGGCGACCACUCGCCACACUUUCGAGAGCCCGAGUGGUUGUUCUCGGGUAACCUCGAGGAUCGGCUCUCCUAUCUGAAAGGCUUCAGAGAUGCUCGAGGCACGUUAUACUGGUUGACCUUCGACACUCACCAUCUUCUGGUAGAAGGAAAGCCUCAUCGACGACUGGAAUAUAUUGACCAGUAUGAUGAAGAUCAUUUGCAGGAGUGCUUAGAAAAGCAAACGAGGUUAUUUACUGCAUAUUCAGCGUGGCUGAUGGGAUUAAACGCUCUCUGUGCUCGAUCGGAGACAGGAUUGAAUGAACGUCAGGUUGCCCAGCUAAGGUUGACGCAUGUUGUCUCAGUAGUCUGGUUGUCGACGUGUCUAAGCAGAGACGAAGGGUCUUGCGACAGCUAUAUUGGCCACUUUCAGCACGCUCUUGACCAGGCCGCGAAAGUCCUGGGACACGGUGUGCCACAAAUUCAGUUCGAGCAAGGUGUCAUCCCUCCCUUGUAUUUCACCGCCCUCAAAUGUCGUGAUCUUGUCAUCAGGCAGCAAGCACUAUCACUACUGCAGAAGGCACCAUCGCGAGAAGGCCUAUGGAGGAGAGACGAGGCCGUGCGAGUGGCUCGUCGCGUCAUCGACCUUGAAACCAGCAACUCACAUAUUGUAAGCGAAGGAAACAUCUUCCAAAGUGCAAGAAUAUGUGAAGCGAAAAUCAAAUACACGGAUGAGGUGGGCACUUAUGUAAAAUUCUACUCCAAAUUGGUUGGAAGGCAGUCUUCGGCGCUGAACAUCACAAUCUCGAUGACUCUUGGCACAUCUUCUACUUGCGAGCCAGCUCUCCUUCCUGCCACGUUUCUCAAGGACGAUGAUGUCGAUAGAACAGUCUCCUACGUGCGAAGCGCAUUAUCAUUUGCAGCUAGCUUUCUCAAAGCACAUGUGAAGGAUGCCAAGAUCCGAUGA